AUGAGUUUACAGGCGCUUACUAAACCAUUCAAUUUGCCAACAGUGAAAGUACAGCAAACAUUUUUUAUAGAAAAUUUUGUUGCAGAAGUACCUCGUUUUGAAGACAGCCUUAACAAUUUGACUGUAUCAUUAGGAAGAGAAGCGGUCUUUACCUGUGUAGUCAAUGAUCUGGGUUCCUACAGGGUGGCGUGGCUACGCGUGGACACGCAGACGAUCCUGACAAUAGCAACUCACGUGAUCACCAAGAACCACCGAAUCGCCGUCAACCACAGCGAUCGGCGGGUCUGGUUCCUCCACAUUCACGACGUCCGCCAGAGCGACCGUGGCUGGUAUAUGUGUCAACUCAAUACGGACCCUAUGAAAAGCCAGACGGCAUAUCUAGACGUUGUUGUUCCACCAGACAUCCUAGACUAUCCAACAAGCAGUGACCAAGUGGCAAGGGAAGGUGCCAACGUAACUCUAAGAUGUGCAGCCCACGGCGUCCCCACACCUACGGUAGUGUGGCGGAAGGAGGCCGGAGAUUUGCUCCCCACAGCAAACUUCAGUGACGCACAAAACACUUCGGUGAACGGUGCGGUGCUGCACCUAGUUAAAGUGUCGCGGCUGCAUAUGGGGGCGUACCUCUGCAUAGCCAGCAAUGGAGUCCCGCCCUCCGUUAGCAAACGGGUCAUGCUUGUCGUGCACUUUCCUCCAAUAAUGACAAUACAAAACCAAUUAGUGGGAGCCAAAGAAGGCGAUACUGUAUUUUUAGACUGUCAUUCGGAAGCCUUCCCGAGGUCGAUAAACUAUUGGACGAUAAAUGAUCAAAUAAUAUCACAGACUGACAAAAGAUUUGAGAUUACGGCCGUCGAGAGAGGCUACGAAGUGGAUAUGAAAUUAAAAAUAAAGAAAGUUGGCAGAAGUACUUUUGGGACGUACAGCUGUAUAUCAAAAAACUCCUUAGGAGACACCGAUGGAACUAUAAAACUUUACUCUCUCUCGGGGAAAUUUGAAGAGAUGCAGUACAAUGAGGUAGACUUCGAAGAAACGCCAGACGUGAGCGAACUGGAGGCGCUUAAACGCAGCGAUGGAAAUAGACAUAGAUUUCAUGUGCUAUUAUUAAUAGUUCUACUCGCCAUAUCAUAAUACUAUUUGUA